CAUAUAAUCAACAUUCCACGGCAAUUUCUUCAUGCUCACAGCUAUGGGCCAAAAACUCUUCCCCUACUUCACUAUUCCCUUCUGUUUAAUGUUGUUUUUGUCUCCUCUCAUCCUUCCUCUUGUUUCCAGCCAACUUAAUUACAAUUUCUAUGAUUAUUCAUGCCCCCGCUUGUCAAACAUGGUUAGGUACUUUGUUUGGUCAGCUCUAAAAAACGACACCAGGAUUGCUGCAUCCCUACUUCGGCUACACUUUCAUGAUUGUUUUGUAAAUGGCUGUGAUGGCUCGGUGCUUCUCGAUGACUCAAAAGAUGGGAGUGAGAAAAAUGCCUUUCCCAAUCGCCAAUCACUUAGAGGUUUUGAAGUCAUCGACAAUAUAAAGGCUGAUGUUGAAAGAUUUUGCCCAUCAACUGUUUCUUGUGCUGAUAUAUUGACUCUUGCAGCAAGUGAAGCUGUUUAUCAGGUUGGAGGACCUUAUUGGCGUGUUCCAUUAGGCCGACGAGAUGGAACAACAGCAAAUGAGAUGGAUGCUAAUACUCAAUUACCAUCACCUGUGGAGCCUCUACAGAACAUCACUGCCAAGUUCAUAUCAAAGGGUCUUGACUUGAAGGAUCUUGUAGUCCUCUCAGGAGGACACACCAUAGGCUUUGCCCAAUGCUUUACCUUCAAGGGGAGACUCUUCGACUUCAAAGGCUCUGGCAAACCUGAUCCUUCACUGGACCCUUCGAGCCUCUCGAAUUUGCAAAGCAAAUGCCCCAAUAGAGAUGCAUCAAAUAGAAACCUUGCUCCUCUUGACUCCACAAGUACUGACAGGUUUGAUAAUGCGUAUUAUACAAACCUCAAGAGCAACACCGGGCUUCUUGAAUCUGAUCAAGCAUUAAUGGGGGAUCCACAAACUGCUGCAAUGGUUAACUUUUAUAGUUCUAUGAAUCAAUAUUACUUUUAUAAUGACUUUUCAGCAUCGAUGGCAAAGCUUGGUAAUGUUGGGGUGCUCACAGGGCAAAAUGGUCAAAUUAGGAAGAAAUGUGGGGCUGUGAAUUAAGUUAGUGUUUGUAAUGUUAGUUACUGUAUGGAACUUCUUUACUAUGAUUAAGGUUGCAAUAAAGGUCAUCGGCUUAUAAGA